AUGCCAUCCACCAAUGCCAGCAUAAUCGAAACCUCCAAACGCUUCUGGGACUCAUCCACACCCGCCGCCAUCGUGAUCCCAUCCGAAAUGGCCUUCCCCAAGGGCAGCAAGCCGCCGACCACUCAAAAGAACUAUCGCAAGAGCUCCAUCGCCGCAGCGACCAUCAUGACCGUGGUCACUCUGUCAGCCAUCAUCUUCCUAGUGAUGUGGUACGUCCGCCGCGCGCGACGAGAGCGCCGCCAGCGCGAAAAGGAAGAGUUGAGUCGUAAUGCUCUCGGCCCAUCGACUUUCACGUUGACAGAGGAUACGGCCCAGGUGCUUGAUGACUUCCUCAUGAUAGAAGAAGAACAGCAGUCCGAGCGCGCGUCUAUUAUGUUCAGUCGGAGCCGCUCGCCGUCUCUCAGUUUCGUCGUCGACGAGACAGACCGCCGCAGCUCGAUGACCCGUCUCUAUCGCACAAGUCUCGAUGCUUCGGCGACUGGUCUGAGCAAGAACGAGACUUCCUCGACACACAUGUCUACCGAGGGCACAGCCCGGCCUAGCACGUCCACACCUGACCGGUAUACGCACUCCUCGCAGAAUCUCUCAGUGCAGCAGCAGCCAUCCAGCCCAGUCUCGCGGCUCUCGCAGUCGUCCGCGGUGCCUCCGACUGAACGCUCGUCGCAGCUGUGGAGCACGACCACCGGAACGGCCGAAGACAUGACCCCCACGGCCCUCAGCCGCGAGCCCGGCAGCUCUCGUACCUCGCACUCAACAGAGCAGAGAACACGUCCAUCUGCCAGCGUGCGCAGCUCGCAGGCCCUCUCGCGCGGAUCUGAGGCCUCAAUGGGACCAGGUAGCCCGUGGUCGCUGCGGUCCGUCGCUUGGAUGUUCGAAGAGCCAGAGAAUUCGCACAGAGUCCAUGGAGAGGGCUCUCGAGGGGGAGGAUCAGGUGAAUCGGCGAGGGAUACUCGGAGCGCGAAUGAUUCUUCUUCUCGUCCCAGCUCGGGACAGUCAUCGCGGCGGUCUACCGUCGUCUAUCCUGCUUCGCCUCUGUCGCAGUCUUUUGGCAGUUGA